AUGGCAAUUUUUAAAGUACUUUGUUUGAUUGGGUUUGUGCUGUUAAGUUCUGGCUAUGCUCGAGAGCAUGGAGCUAGGCAUGGCUCAUUCCCGCGCCCGCAUCACCACGGCUUUCACCGGUAUAAACACAUUUUGAAACGUCAUGUAAGUGCGGACGGGAUUUCUCGCGAUGGAGCGAACUCGAAAAGAUCAGAACGGGUUGAGGAAUCUUCGAAUAAAGUAUGGCAACAAAAAGGAACCCAGGGACAGCUUAAAGUAAAAGGGCAGUAUAAAGUGGUCGGCAAACUCGAAGAAACGGAUAACAAUAAAUCCCCUAACGAAAUCCUCCUCCCCUCAGGUAAAAAACCUGCCCUUCCAGGAGGAAAUGGUGAACAACCUAAUGGUAAUGCAGCACCUACCAAAGUGAUUCUUCUUCCUGGUGGUACUAACAAAGGAACAGAAUAUGAAAUUAUAGGCCCGAAUGGUAAGCCUGUUCCAGUCAAGCCAGUAAAACCCGACGGUGGUGUCGAUACUGGAAAUGGAGGUGGUAAUGAAAUUACAAACCCUGUUAACCCUGUUCCAAUUAAGCCGGUUAAGCCAGUAGACCCGGUUAAUCCCGUGGAACCGGUUACUCCAGUAGAACCCAACGGCGGCGGCAAUACCGGGACUGGAGGAGGGACUCCAUCUGGUGGUGGUACAACAGGUAAUAUUAUCUACAGUUGUUUGAUUAUAAUUUUCAUUCACAUGUGAGAUGAAUGCUUGCAACUCAGUACCGCAGGCGCAGGGUCCAGUUCGUUGUAUAGUACACUGGAUCAAUAAGAGAUGAUUCUUACUGGACCUCUAGGAAGAACAGUUCAGAACUGAUAGAAUUAUCCAGUAUAAAUAAAGUUAGUUUAGUUUAGGUUACAUCCUGUAAUAACACUGGAUCAAUAUUGAGAGAUGAUCCUUACUGGACCUCUAGGAAGAACAGUUUAGAACUGAUAGAGCUAUCCAAUAUAAAUAAAGUUAGUUUAGUUUAGGUUUCCUCCUGUAGUAACACUGGAUCAAUAAGAAAUGACUUUUACUGGAUCUCUAGGGAGAACAGUUUAGAACUGAUAGAGCUAUCCAGUAUAAAUAUAUUUAGUUUAGUUUAGGUUUCCACCUGUAGUAACACUGGAUAAAUAAGAGAUGACCCUUACUCGACCUCAAAGGAGAACAGUUCAGAACUGGUCCGAGCUCUCCAGUAAGUUAGAUCAGUUUGACUUAUUGAAAGUCUUGUAAACUUACACUCUUAUCAACUUACACCCUCAUUUGAAAACUUCUUAACAAGAAAUAUUUUUUCCCAACAGAACUUCAACCUCUUCCAACCUUCGAGAAAUUUCAGUCUGGUUCCGUUAGUGACGGAACUUCAUUUAAAGUAACCGACGGUUGUAGUGUCACCGCUAGUAAGACUGGAUCCCUCUACCAACUUGGUGCAAGCCCCCCUGAUUGUGUGAAUCUUAAAAUGUUACUGGAAAAGGUCCUACCUAAAGACAAAACUAACUUUGAAUCCGACACUUUCACGACCCUGGAGCAUGUUAUUAUUAGGACUGUAUCGUUGAAUACCGCCACAAAAGGAGUUGAAAUCGCAGCGGCUUAUACCGGUACAGCAACGCUUAUCAAGGACAUUCUCACCGUUUCUAAUAUCCGUGUGGAGCUGUCAUUCGUCUGGACUCGGUCACAGAAAUUUACUUUCGAUCUUGCUGCGACGUUUUCAGUCGGGGAGGUACCGAUUGAUAUGAGAUUGAUCCGCAAUGAGGAAGGUAAAUGACACCACUACCACCAUAACAACCAUCAUCACCACCAUAACCAUCAUCACCAUCAUCAUCACCAUAACAACCAUCAUCACCAUCACCACCACCAUCAUCACCACCAUCGCUACGAUCACCAUCGCUAUCAUCAUCAUCGUCAUUAUCACCAUCUUUUUUCUAUAAUAGAUUUUUCUAUACUGGAUAUUAACUUUUUCCAAAUCUUCCUUUAUCCAUCGUUUCCGUGCUGUACCGUGUAUGGUCAUUUUCCAUCUCUAAUAACCCAUCAUGUGAUGUGAUGUGGCCACUCUCGUCUCCUAACAUUCCCAUAAACCAUCUCAAACUUGCUUCCUCGAUGUUCCCGCCCAGUCAACGAACUUUCAUAUAUUAUUUGCUUGCGUGUAAUUCCUCCUUUCCUUUCGUGUAGUGUCUGCUGUUACCUAGCUUCCGACACUUCUAGUUUUUCUCAUUCAUUCAUUCAACACUGGAAAAAUUUCCUUGAAAAACUCGAACAAACUCUUUCCAUUUCAAGGACUAUCACCAUCGCUAUCAUUAUCAUCACCAUCACUAUAAUCACGGUACCAACGCUGUCAUCAUGGUACCAUUGCUAUCAUCAUGGUACCAUCGCUAUGAUCACCAUCGCUAUCAUCAUGGUACCAUCGCUAUCAUGGUACCAUCGCUAUCAUCACCAUCAUGUGUCUGCUGUUAUCCUAGCUUCCGCCACUAAACACCGGCCAAGUCAUCCAUUCAACACGGGUCAAGUUACCCUGACAAGACUCUAACAAACUUUUCUUUCCAUUUCAAGGCUACUUCUUUGCCGCUGAAGCUACUGCGAACUUCGACGCUACAACGAUUAGUCGCAUGUUCAAACAAGAGGACUCGUUCCUACCAUCGACUUGCAUGCAAAGCGACCUGAAGAAGGCGAACUUCGACAAAUUCGUGUUGAUAAACCCUCGUCUACGAGCUACAUUUGCCGACGGGUAUGGUUUCCUGUUUGGUGGGUCCAUUCGAAUUCUGGAUUGGGAUUCUUUUGAUGUCAACGUACUCAUCAACAAGCCCAACGAUUUACCAACGACUGUCACAAUUGCCGUCUAUACCCACACCUUUUCGAUCUCGAAAAUGCUUAAAGAUCUUUUUAAAAUAGAUAUAAGCAGUGUUCCAGUUUUGGGCAGCGUUGAAGUGCGGAAUCUUGCCUUCUCUCUGUCCACGGGUGAUGUUGAGACGCCACUGACGGUAUUGGAUAUUGGUUCGGAAGACAUAUUUGAUAUACCAUAUCGUAAAGGACUGAAGGUCAGUGUUGACAAUAGAUAAUCCUGGUUAAUCUGCAGUUAUCAGAGUUAGAAAGUUAAUUCGUAUCAUGUGUAUACUGUUCAGUUCCGGACGAAUGUCGUUCGGAACUAAAUUAAAUAGUCUUGUUAAACAGUAUGGUUAUGGACUGAAUCGGAAAUAACUUUCAUUUCUUUUGCAAAUGCAUUGCACAAUAAGUGUUGCAUAUUAUCGGAGUUGCUACAAAACCCCGAGCGAGCCAGGAGAUUGUCGGUUCUAGCUUGCGCGGUUCACUAGCAAAUUUUUAAGCCCGUCUCGUGUAAAGAGCUACUAUAGGGAACGUACUGGUCUUCAUCCCGCUUUGGCUUUUUCCCGGUCUCAUUUAAACAAUAUUUUACUUCUUAGUUUUAAAUAUUACCUUUUUCGUUGGCUGACUUGGUUCUGAUCGUUUUUUAAAAUAGAGCCUCUGGUUUCCCUUACAGGUGUCCUUCGAAAUUCCAAUCGCACAGAUCUACGUCGCGACUUCGAUUUUCAUUUCCCCAACCCUCAUAAGUUUCACGAUUUCACAAAACGGCGAACUCAACCUUGGCCAUGUUUUACGCGAAUUCUUGCCCACCAGCAACCUCAUCGUAACAACAGGAGGCGAAACCAAACUUAAAGAUUGGCCACCGUUUAUCCCCGAUCCACUGUCGAUUGCGCUGGUGUAUUUCCAUUUGGAAGCCAGCAAACCGACCGGUAGUUGGGCUUUAACGACAAUGAACAUGAAACUUAAGAUGACGCAUGUAAUCUCCCUGUUUGAUAAUAAAAUCAACAUCAACAAUCUUGAGUUGGACCUGAACUACGUAAAAGAAAAAGACACUUCUUCGACCCACGGCGUUGUCUUAGGACGCGUGGCCUUGGGGCCCGAAACUAGCCAGUCCCCCAGAGUCGACGUCCGUAUUCCAUUUCCGUUUAAAAAUGAUGAGAUAUCCUUCACCUUUACUGACUUUAAUGUUAAAAGUGUCGUCGAAGCCUUGGCGGGUUCUGACCUGACAUGGCCGGGAGAUUUUCCGGAGAUUUUUAAGAAUAUAGAAUUAGAUAAAAUUGCUAUAGCAUUUGAUGAUAAGGGAUCGGUUAAAACAGUUUCGGUGGAUGCUAGUAUACCUGGACUAUGGCAUUUAUUCGGACAGUUUUCAAUAGGGAAUGUCGGAAUACAUUUUGAAUAUGGAAAGGGGACGACUGGUACUGGUGCUGAUGGUACUGGUGUGUCCGCCACUCAAAGCAAAUGGCGUAUUGUAGUGAGAGGGCAAAUAGUUAUUGCAACAUGCACAAUUACGAUAGUAGCAGAUUUGGGAACCGAUCGCCUGAGCCUCACUGCCGAAGGAUCCAGGUGCUCCGUUUCUAUUGGCGAUGUCUUAGAAACGAUACAUCUCAACGGCAAAAUUCUACCGUCUAUGAUUUCUGGAUUUACGAUCUUCAAUCCGAAACUACGCCUUUUGUGGCAAAGAACUGGAGCCAAUAAAGGUUCAAAGUCAAUUGCAUUUGCAGCAACGACAAGUCUUUUCCACGAGAGUCAGGUAUGUACGAAAGGACAUACAUUUUUAUUUGCAUCACAGAAAGCACGACGUGUAUUUAAUUUUACAAAGCAAAAUUGAAACCCACUACUCACUAGUGUAUUGUAUUAUAGUAUAGUAUAAGAGAUGAAAACCAAUAAAAAUUCUUCUCCUUUAGGUCGAACUUGCAUUGAUAAUGAGCGGUGGACAAUCAGCUGUUGUCGCUGGUUUCGCUGUGCAAUCCGAUGCAAUAUCGGAAAUAAGCUUUUUGAGUUCACUAGGUCUAACAGAUCUUGCGGUGGUGUACGUCAGUCAGAGGGUACGUAUCUCGCCGUACGAGUUCCUUAAUCCAUCGUUCAAAAGUUAUAUUCAAGGAGCCUCGGAUGGUAAACCAGAAUUUUCAGGAAUCACGAUCUAUGCAAGAUUUGUACCGAAAGGUGAUAAUAUGUUGGGGCAUAUGUUACGUGAAGGUAGGUGAUAGUAACCUAAUGGUAGUACGAAAAUGCCUUUCUUUUUUCACCGAUCCUGUAAUUUAUUUCAAUAUUUCAAUAUUUUUUAAGAAAAUACAGAUGAACUGCGCACCUUGACUUACAUGACUAAGAUACCACACGCCCUAAGGCAAUUUCGUUCAAGAAGUAAAAUUAAUCAUAGCCGCUGUAAAAUACCUCCGAAAACAAACGAAAAAAAAUUAUCUACCGAACAUGGAAACAAGAUAAAGGUUGCAGGUCUCGGGUUUCAUUCAACUGUGAACUUCAGAGUUGAAUAAAAACCUCUCCCUUGUCUUUCAUGUAACACCAGAGUCCAACUUUUCCUACUGUAUUUCCAGGAGUGAACAAGGACACCGACCUAAAACCAGACGCAGGCAAUGAGCCUCAAAUAAUAGUGAAAAUAUCUUUCCCGGCACUCGUAUUUGAGUUGGAGGUAAAACUGGGCACGGAAGGCCUUCAAAUUGGUAGCAUUGAAGGGUGGAGGUUUACUUACAUGAAGUUAAUAAUCAGCAAGCGACUUAUUGGUUUGUCGCUCCAGUGCAAGGUCAAUUUGGAUAGCAAAAAUCCAGAUUCCAUUGACUCCACUUUUACUGGCGAAGUAUCGGUAAGAACAGUUUAGAACUGAUAGAGCUAUCCAGUAUAAAUAAAGUUAGUUUAGUUUAGGUUUCCUCUUGUAGUAACACUGCGUCAAUAAGAGAUGAUUCUUACUGGACCUCUAGGAGGAACAGUUUAGAACUGAUAGAGCUAUUUAGUAUACUGCAUGGAGCUAAUGGCUCUUACUGGACUCUAUGCCUAAGGAGAACAGUUUAGAACUUGUAGAGCUAUAAGAGUUUACAGAGUUUAGAAGGGCUUGUUGUUGAUUUCUACCUUUCUUAUCCACAGUUCACGUUCACCGGUACAGUCACUAUAUCUCUACUCUGGGAAGGCAAGUGGGUAAAUCCGUUUGGAAUAAGUAAACGUUUAACCGUCACUCGUUUGGGCUUGGCUCUUGGCAUAAAUGUUGAAGAUUUGAUACCGAGUUUUGGAAUAACGGGUGCAAUUAGUGUGGACGUUCCCAGUGCGACUGGAAAAGAUCCAAUCGAUAUUGAACUGACCCUAUGUAUCGAUCCAUCAACUCCUGAUAAAACCGUCUUUGAGCUUCAUUUUACCCGACUUCUUCUCGAAGAUGUGAUCAACCUGUUUGCUGGUAAACCAGUAAGCUUGCCUGAGAAGUUGGCGAAAGUUGGUUUCCCUGAUGAGGUUCAGAUAUAUUUCUCCCUCGCAGGGAAUCCAGAUUGUUUCGGUAGAAGGUAAUUACAUUCUUUGUUUAUUUUCGUAACUGUGUUUCCCUAUAUCCCACCCUGUCGACUUUCCCUGUGGGAGGAAAUCGGAGCACCCGGAGAAAACCCACGACUUUCGGCAGACCGUUGAUGAGGACGGCUAGUAAUAUAUACAAUGAAAUUAAAAAAUAUUUAAGAAAAGAAAUGAAUAAUUAAAAUCCCAGGGGAGAUUUAGACGUUUUCCACGGUCUAUUUACAACCGAUGGACCAGAGUUUUUACGUCUUGUGUACAACGUUUGCAUUUUAGUACGUAAGACGUGGAUGCUCGGCAAGUUUGUUCAGUACUAAUGUGGAAAUGACAUAACUAGGAAGUGCUAACAUCAUGCAUAAACAAUAUAAUAUUAAUAAUAAACAAGCCCAUUGUGUAUUUCGCGCUUAGAGGUCGACUGGUCGAAGGUUUUAACUUUUACAGGGUUCGUAAUGGUUUUUGAAAUCCUUGAAAGUCUUUAAAUUUGAAUGCAGGUCUUUAAGAUCUUUGAAAAGUCUUUGAAUUGUGUAAAAAAUUGAAGAAAGUCUUUAAAAGUUCUUAAAUUCUUUAGUGAGUAUUUGAUUAUACGAUUUCCUAGCUAAUAAAAUAGAUUGAUUGAAGCAAGAUUUUUUGUAAAUAUCGACAAAAAGGCACAUUUUAGGAUGUGAUUUAACGGGACUAAUUACUGGGUAAAAAUAGUGCUUACACUCGCAAUUUUUCGACAGCUGAUUGCUCUCAAAGGUCUUUGAAAAGUCUUUGAAAAUAGGCAGAAAAUAUCUUGGAAAGUCUUUAAAUUUUUUUGGUCUUGGAGACUACGAACCCUGCUUUAGAGACAACCUUAAAUGAAGGAACUGUAUUCGUGGACAAAACAUCAUGAAGAUGUUACUAUUUAUAGGUAUGAUGCGGGUGUCGAGAUUCAUGGCACCCUCCAGAUCCCCUUUCUCAGCAUUCGAGCUCGUAUCGAUCUCAGUAUUGCUCUUCCACCAGCAUCAUUUAAACUUGACGCGAAUCUGGUGUUAGAUCCAAUCAUCUACCUUGGUGGUCUUAUUAAGGUGGUCGACGCUGACUCUGAUACCAAAGGAGCGCACUUGAAAAUGUAUAUAACUGAAAAUUUAUCUGAAUUGAAGAUUGAUGGUUCUUGCAGGGUAAGCUACUAAUUAAGUCACUAAUUGAGUCAUUAACUAAUUGAUUAUGUUAAAUUAUCUACAAAGUUUUUCUUUAUUAAUUGACUAAUUAACGUUCUAAAGAUCAUUCUAAUUAAAUUACUUUCAUGCUAAAUGUAACUCACAAGCUAACUCGCUCGCAGUAACUGUCCAUAGUCUUUCAAAACAUGGUUUGGAAACUCCGCUAAAGUCUUUGUUCCAUCUUUUUGUUCGCGUUUAUGCAGUUUUGUGCACGGUGCAGGGUCAAUGAACACAUUGUAUUUCAGUAUAAUGAGCGAAUCAUCCAAUAGCAACGUUUCAGUCAGUCAUUCAACCAUGCUAUUUAAAUGUUAAUAAACCUAAUACAAAAGAUAUGCACGAUGUGAGGUACGGCUCAACAUAAACACACAGCUCAUUAUAACCGCUUUGAAGUUUACUGAGUUUCCAGACCAUGUCUCGAAAGACUAUGAACUGUCUUAGUAGCAAGCUAGGCUACCUAAUCACGUAACUAUCUAAUUAAGUAUUAAACUAAUCAAUUAACUAAUUAACACAACAUAUCUCUUAUUUUCCACAGAUUGAAAUCUUUGGUGCAAUGAUUUCGGUGAAACUGCAAAUAAAUAGUAAGAAAUUCUUCUUCGAGGGCAGAUUGAAUCUAUGGAACUUGUUCCAAGUAUAUCUCUUGGUCGAUAUCGCGAUUGACAAGGCAUCGCCUAGCGUACAUGUCAUUGGCGAAAUGCAGAACGACCUGUUUGCCAAGAUCAAGCAGAAAGCUACUCAAGCGAUCCGAGCUGGCGCUCAGGCUAUUAACAAGAAGAUCGAAGGCGCCCAAACAAAGAUCAGAAAUGCUCAACAUGAGGUUGACAGACUUUAUAGCUCCAUAAAGUAAGUUUACGUCGGCCAUGUUUGAAAACGCAUUUAUUAAAACAAUCGUGUUUGCGUUGAGUAUAAGUGAAUACUGAAGCUAAACUAAGUUUAGUAACGCUGGUCAGCUCUGUCGGUUCUAAACUAUUUCCACAGAGGUACAAACUUUGUUGGUUCGAAACCAUUUUCCACAGAGGUCCACUGAGAAACCCAAGCUAAAUCAUCCUUUAUCAACAAGUUUUAAGGGCUUUGGGGGUCCCUUUUGAGCUGCGGGUCCGCGGGAAAAUGCCCCUCUUCCCGUCUUACAACAAGAGGAAAAAGCGCUGCCUUAACCAAACUGAAAAUAUUCUUUUCUCAUGAAAAUGAGGUGAGAUUAUAAUCAGAUCAUUGCAUAUUGCAGGAAUCAAACCCAGUCCCUGAGGUGAAAUAUCUUGCGCUAACCACUCUCUGGAAAUUAUGAAAUACACACUCGAGAACAUUUUCACUCCAUCUACUCGUUCACAUGCACCAGAAUGAGAAAAUCGCACUUGAAAUCGCGGCAAAAAUUGCAUGUAUAAACGGACCUCUAGCGAUCAUUUUUUACCUUAGUUACCACAAACGGAAGAUCGAAGAUGCUAAACACGAGUGCAGCAGAGCACCAUGGUACAAGAAAUACAUCUGUAUUGGAACUGCAGGUAAACUAAUCUAUCAUGGUGCUAUUAUUGCUGGAUUGUGGAUUGCACAUGGCGUUGCCACACUCGCUCUGAAGGCUGCCGACCUCUUUUUGGAAGGCGUGAAAGGUAUUAUCAAGGUAAGUGCUUAUCAUUUAAUAUUUUUGAAAUAUCUCUAAAAUACUGACCAUCAUUCAUAAACGUGCUGACAUAAAAAGUAGUCAUUUAAAGGUUCAGCACGAUAGUGCUUAGAGAAACAAACCUAUAGAGCGUUUGCACUCAUUCCCCAGGGACCAACUCAACAAAAGCCAUGGCGGCCAUGUUGGUGUUCCAGACAAAAGAGUCUAAUUAAAAUUCGUUUGAAUUGGAACACCAACAUGGCGGCUGUGACGUCUAUACCAUACGGAUUUAACUCUCAAAUUUUUAAAGUUACUUUCUUCGCAUAUUUCCGAUUUAAUCAGCAGUGAGCGGUACAAAAAAGGUAACGGCGUUUGUGUUGUCACGAAGCCGCCAAGCGCUUCGUUUUUAUCUCGCUCCGUUUGGAAAGGCUGGGCACGAAGCUCUAGGAAGAUGUUCUGUGAUUGGUUGAUUAUGACAAUGACAAAAGAAUAAGGUAUACAGAAUGGAUUUUCUAAAGAACGAAGCAAGAACAAUAUUCCUUUUGUUUAUGUAAGCCAAUUACGUCUUUUGUCAUUGUCAUAGUCAACCAAUCACAGAACAUCUUCCUAGAGCUUCGUGUUUACCGUUUGGAAACCGUGCUCAAAUCGUUACGGCAAAAGUGACGUUUUCAAACAAUUUCCCUUCGACGUAGUGUGACCAAACUUUGCAAUUUUACUAUAAAUUUCAUAUAUGUUCCUUUUAGCUGUUUAAUUCCCUUCUCUUUACUUAGAUUAAAAUUUAGUCCAACAUGCAAGUUGUCCAUUUCAUCGUUCUUUCCUUGUUUUCUUAUUUCCUGAUAUAGGUUGGAGCCUCUGUCCUCCAGGCGUUGGUGAAUGCGGCAUUGAGUAUCAUUGAUAUUCAAUAUGUCAGAUUUGAAGUUGAGAUGAAUGGGGUUACCAAGAUAUUCAAUUUUGUAAGUAAUACAACUCACCUUAUUUGUACACUGGAUAAUAUACUAGAUUGGUAAUAGAUAAAGCAUGAACGGCCGGGUUGUAUCACAUAUAGGCGAGAUGUUGUAUGUCUGAUACAGCACGGCGAGAGGUUGUAUAUGUAACACGGACGCGAAUGGUUUAUAUAGCUUGUGAAACGUCUCGAUGAGAACAUUCGUAUUCUUCAACAAUUUAAAAUAAAUGAAUGAUAUUUGGUGAGAAAAUUAAAUUUAAAGUUUAUGCAAAUCAGCCUGAUUUUGUAUCUGAUAUACAAACUACGUCACGCUCAUGAUUUCGCUCGUGUUUUCUUCAGGAAUUAUUAAUGAGUUUCACAAAUACUGGAUAAUAUACUAGGUAGUUAAUAAAUAUAAACAAUGCUUUGUCGUUUCUAGGAUGCAAGAAUUGUAAUUCUUGGAUGGACCUUCACUCCGCAUUUCCACAUCGACUUCAGCAGCUCACACAGUGCCAACAGCGGUAUAGAUUCCGCUGGUAAAUCAAUCUCUGAUAAAACCUUGGAUCAAGUCAAGAAGUAG